AAUUCCAUGUAUGUUUGAACUCCUUAUGUCGGCGGUAUCCUCCGUCGUGUGCUGCUCUUUGCUCAAGUUCCAGUUCUGGAUAUCGACUCAAGACUAGGUGGGACUAGGAAUAGUCCAGUGUCCGUUUUAAGAUCAACUUUAAAUCUGAAGAACUCGAACGCAUCGACAGGUUGAGAUAAUGACUAACAACAACCACGAGGAGGAUCGUCGGUGGGGUAGCAAGACUUCUUUUCUUGCUCCAGCUCCAAUCGCCAAUGCGAAGACCCAAGCUUUUCAACGUCGACGACGAAGAAUACCCCCUCGGGACGUGCAGCAGCAUGAGCCGUGGUUGUUCCAAAGCGCCAGCAUGAGUCCGCUGCCAAUGCCGACAUCCUUGCCCAGUCUUUCACUUUCAGAGAGUGAUACCUCAUUCUUCUACUUGGACUUGAACAGUUUAAAGAGUUUGUUACCUCCGUCCGAUAGCCGACGUCGUCCGAGAAGUAGCGAGGAGAGCUAUAGCAACUAUCGAGGCGUUCGUGGAUCUUCCAGUCGAGGACGACAAGCCUUACCGGCUCGACUGGAGGCGUUGAAUCUCACGAGUAAAGCGAUAGACAUGAAGCAUCGACCUCGAAAAAGAAGGCGACAAAUGGGUCUGGCAUCCAAGCAGAAGCUUCGUCGAAAGGCUCUACGACUUGACUCGGCCAAGGUGAGACCAUCCACUCAAGAGCUAAAUGACACAGAUGCUGCUGCUGUUUACUUGUCUCCGACUAAGCGCACUCGAAACAAGGCGAGGAAGAGUAACACGCUGCAGCCUGUAGGAGACCGUCGCCCAGGAUCAAGGCGAAGACCAGCGAUGCAUUACGCGUUCGACUACGACUCGGACGGCCAAGAACGAGCGGAAAAGCCUGAGACUCCGUUUGAAGAUCUUGACGAAGAGCAGCGACAGAAGACUCUGAUUGCUACACAUUUAAACUUGACGCUGGAAGAGUACGAGCGGUUGGAUGCAGCUUUCGGGAACACCUCGCAGCCUAGUCUCUCUUCGGAGGACGACCGAUCCAUGACAGAGCGGUAUUAUGAAGAAUUCCAGGAGUUUGACGUCGAUAACAGCGGCUCAAUAUCCCCAGAUGAGCUUCGGCAGCUACUACUGGCGUCGGGUGAAGAUAUGGACGAUACUGAGCUCGCUUCAGUCAUCCAGCAAGCUGAUACGGACCAUGACGGUGAGAUCAACUUCCGCGAGUUCAUCGCUCUGAUGCGCGCUCGCAAGCGACUUCUUCGUGUGGCUAACCACAUGGGAGUGACGGGCAGUGGACUAACAAGUACUAUCAGCACAGCUAGCCCUGGGUUUAAUGGGUUUACAAGGAAUGCCGGACAAGUUCUACCCCCUUUGAAGCUCGCAGCACGACAAGCCAAGCGCCAUCUACAGCCUCAAAACCGCGCGCUUGUUGCCGCUCGCUCGACGCCAUCGUGUCUUCGACCGGGUGCGAAAGUCGACAUUAGUGAUCUCCGACGAGAGCUCGCACUGUCCGAAUAUGGCAUUCAAGAGCUCAACUCGAAGGUGCGCGAGGGACUGCAAUGGGUUCAACAGCAUUGCCCUGUGAGAUCUCUCAAGGCCCAGAUCUUCUGUCAUCGAUGGGGCAUGGAGAAGGUUCAUCAGCUUUUCUUACGACUUCAGUCACAGCAGAUCUCUCGAGCUUUCCGUAAGUGGACGGCAUUCCUCAUGUUCGAGCGUAACAAGAUCAAGGCCAACAUGUUCCUGAAAUGCAAAGGCAGUCAGAAGAUGACAGCUAUCAUGAACAAGUGGAGACGGAAAGUUACAAGGCGCAAAUUUGUGUGCUGGAAGACCGAGUGUAUCGUUGAAGCUCGUAACGAACUCCACUCCGCAGCUAUCGAGAUCCAGCGUGUAGUUCGCGGAGAUCUUGCUCGCUUGCUUCGGCUCCGAAUGCAAGAAGAAGUCGCUAUUAUCCACAUCCAGGCGUUUAUACGAGGGCGAUUGUCACGGACGUUGGCGAGUCGAAAGCGUCGGGCGAAACUGGAGCACGACGCUGCAUGUCAGUUGCAGCGAUGUUACCGUGGUUACACUGGCAAACGUUUAGCUCGGGCUCUGUUCAAGGCGCAACGAGAGACUCUCGCAGCGUGUCGUAUCCAACGAGCCUUCAGAAAUUUCCAGCGUCGUGAGCUUCUGCGUGUAAUCCAGCAGUCCAAGCUUGAAAACGAUAGCGCUAUCGUGGUGCAGUGCUGUAUUCGUAGCUAUCUCGCACGACGAGAGCGAUGGUGUCGUGCAACUGACAGAAAGCGAGAGCGCAGUGCGAAGGUUCUUCAACGAUAUGUACGUGGCUAUCUCGCGCGAUGCCGUGUGCUCAGGAUGAGGAAGCAGAUACAAGCUGCUUUGGUUAUCCAGUGUUUCUUCCGAGUUUGUCACUCGCGUCGUCGAGUGCACAUACUGAAGACGGAAAAAGAGACCAAACAACGACAAGCGUUUGAAAGAUCAGCAGCUAUCCGGAUCCAGUCUCGAUGGCGCUGUUUUAUCACACGGAAGCACUAUGUGCUUGGCAAGCAACGGCGAGAGGAAGCUCAGAAGCUGGAGAGGUUUAAACGACUCACCAGUGCUGUAGUUAUCCAGUCCUUGUAUCGUGGAUACCUCGCUCGCCGCCGUGCACAGCGUGCUCGAUAUGAAAAGCUGAAAUGGAUGAACUUCACUCUCAUGAACACCAGCGCAUUGAAGAUUCAGGCAUUUUGGCGUGGCUUUCAUGGUCGCUUGGCCUCGCACCUUCGACUACAAGCUCAAAAAGUUCAGCAACACCAAGAGAACGAGGCAGCGAAGCGUAUUCAAGUCAUCACGAGAGGCAAGUUAGCUCGGGAUAAGCGUCGACAACUAGAGCUAGAGCGUGCCAAGCUGGCGUCACAGCAACGUACACGGGUGAGAGCUGCUCUUCGUAUCCAGAAGGUGUUCCGCGGCAAACAAGCUCGAAAAAUGGUACAGGAACUCCAGCAGAAACAUCGUGAGGAAGCUCGUCUUGCACUUGAGCGCUUGGUUCACCAAACGAAGACACGCGCUGCUACAAAGCUCCAAUGUUGCUCUCGGCGGUUCCUGGCGCGUUGUCAAUAUUUGCAUCAACGGCAAGAGAUGGAGAGACGUAAGCAGCAAGAAGAGCUCCGAAUCACGCAAAACCAUGCCGCGAUUGUGAUCCAGUGCGCUAUCCGGCGUGCUGGAGCUCGACGCGUUUUGCUUCAGCGACGCCGCGAGUUUGAGAAAAGAAUCUCCAUGAUGGCAUCGGAGAAGGCGCACGAUGAGAUCGAGAGGCUGCGGCAGGAGCAGGAGGAGGAGCUAUUGAAGCUCAAGAUGCAGUUGAUGUUCCAGGCGAGUAGCGCAAACGAAGAAGCCGAGAAACUCCGUGAGGAGUUGGCUCUACAACGCGAAGAAGAGGAAGCCCGUCGCAAGGAGGAGGCUCAAGAGCUAGCACGUCUUCGACUCGAGACGCUCAUGCAGCAGCGCGAGAUCGAUACUCGAAUUGAGCAAGACAAGCAAAAGAAGAUGGAAGCUCAACGGCUGCGCGAGAGGCUGGAGGCGGAGAAGCAGGCACAACAGGAGAAGGAGGCUGCUAUGCGCACACAAGAGAACGAGGAGUUAGCGGUCAUGAAGCUCGCGACGCUACUGCCAACUAAGCUGGAAGAGCAAGACAAGAUAGACCGAACACUGCAACAAGAAGCAGAGCACUUGAAGCAAGCUGCUCUCGCGAUCCAGAAGGACCAGGCCCGGUUGAAAAUCCAAGCAGUAUGCUUGAAGCACGUGGCUCGGAAGCGGCUUGUUAAGCUGCAGCAAGCUCAAUCUGCAGCUAUGGCAAGUAUCCACGACGAGGAGGAGCGCUUGAGACUUCAGGCCGAACAGCACAAGGAGGUGGCUUUAGCGCGGUUGAAGGCCAUGAUGGAUGACGAGGCUCGCGCACGCGAACAGGAGACCAAAGAGCUCGAACUUCAGAUGCUUGAACGUGCUCGAAAAGAGAAAGAGCGGAUCGCUCUUCGCAACUCGUCGGCUAGAAAGAUUCAGUCUCGUGCCCGUGGGUACUUGGCUCGGCAGCGCGUGAAAGCUAUUCAACACAAAAUCGAGAAAGAACGUGAGGAUCGUGCGAAAGCAAUGCAAGAGACAAUUGAAGCUGCUGAAGCGGAGGUGGCUGAGGCACUUAUCGAAGCGGGUGAAGCUGAGCCGGAUGCCGACGAGGAGACGAAAGCUGACGAGUGGGGCGAGUACUGGGACGAGAACGCGCAGGCUUCGUAUUUCUACAAUAUCCGCACACAGGAGGCAAGCUGGACUCGGCCGGUGUCAGCGCUAUCUGCGAAGACAAUGGAGAACAUGAUGGGAGCUGCAGGAGUGGCAGAAGAGCAAGAGCAGAAUGCAGCCGCAGGAUACGUCGACUACGCCGCCAAUGGACAAGUUGAUGAAAAUGGGUACCCCGUUUCGGAAGCCGCAGCCGAGAGCUAUGCAGACGAGUAUGGCUACUACGACCAAUACGGUCAGUAUCACUACUACGAGCAGAACAACGCGGGGUAUUAUGGUGCCCCUCCAUAUGGGCAGGGAUACCCACAGAUGAUGCAACCGAACUAUGCGGCCGCUGCAGCCAACUAUGCGUAUCAGGCUGCUGCAGCGAUGGCAUUCGGCCAAGCUAUGAUGUACGGUGCACCUGUGAUGGGAUAUGGUGGUAACCCGGCGAUGGUUCAACCGGCGCAGCAGUAUCCCCAGGCUCCAGCGACAGACUCACGUGCCGAGACAGAAAACGCUGGAGAAGCAGUCUCACCAGAUCCAUGGGAGAAAUUCUAUGACCAGUACACCGGCGCAGCAUAUUACUACAACAACAUUACAGGCGAGCAAUACUGGGCAUAACAGAAUCAUAGUACAAUUGUCAGUAUCGACCUCG